AUGUUGAGUAGAUUGGGAUUUAGCACAGGUAUACGAUCCAUUUACAGUGUUCUGGACCAACCAUCCUUUGUUUCUGAACCAUGGGCUAUUUAUCCUGCUAAACACAAGACCAAUGGAAAAAUUGUUUCAGUUUUCAUUUUUGACAAAUCAAAAUUUGAAACCCAAGUUAGUAGGUUGCAUACUACUUCUUCGAGUGUGAAAAAUCCUAAAGUAGUGAUAAGUGAAUGCUAUGAAUUGAUAAAAUAUGAAGUUAGUCAAUUAAGUAAAUUGAAACAUCCACAAUUAUUACAAGUUUAUGAAGUAUUAGAAGAAACCAAAUCAAAAUUCUUAUUUGUUACUGAACCUGUGAUUGAUAAUUUAGUUACGGUGAAUCCAAAAGAUUUAGAUGAUUUAUCUAUUCAAAAGGGACUUUUACAAAUUUCUAAAGGAUUACAGUUUUUACAUAGUUAUGGGUCAAUAAUCCAUUUGAAUUUACAACCUUCAUCAGUUUAUAUUAAUAAUCAAGGGGAUUGGAAAUUAGGUGGGUUCAAAUUCUUACAAAACUUGAAUGAAAUUUCACCACAAGAAAGAGAAAACUUCUAUAUAUUGAAUAAUAUGUCAGUGGUACCAUUUGCAAAUUUUAAUUUAAAUUUCACAGCACCAGAAUUGAUUAUUGAUUCUCAUACAAAAUUGGAUUUCGCCAAUGAUAUAUGGUCAUUAGGUCAAUUAAUUUAUUAUUUAUAUAAUCAUCAUGAUUUAUUGAUCAAUUGUUUUGAUGCCAAUAGUAUUUCUGAUUAUAAACAAGAAUUUCGGAAAUUUGAACAAAAAUUCUAUAAUCAUAAACCAACAGAAUUGAAAUAUGUAUUAAAAGAUAUUCCUGACAAAUUAUAUCCUUUAUAUCCACAAAUCUUGGCAAGAUAUCCUCAUGAUAGAAUCACAUUGGACCAAUUUAUGGAUUCAGAGUUUUUCAAUGGCAGCAUUAUAAAGGCAAUGUGGUUUAUUGAUGAAUUUUCCACGAAAUCAAUUGACGAGAAAUUGGUGUUCCUAAAAGGAUUAUCAGAAGUCGACCCACAACAAUCCAACAAUUCACCGUUAAUUUCACAAUUCCCUCCAUCAUUCAGAUCACUGAAAUUGUUACCAUUAUUAAUUGAUUUAUUGACAAAUGAAUUGAAUGUGUUGACAGAAGCUGCAAUUGAUCCUAAGACUGAUGAAUUGAUUUCAGAGUCUUUAACCAUUGUGUUGAAAAUAUCUGAAACAUUGUCAAGUUUGACAUUCCAAGAUAAAGUAUUUGAUACUCUUUUCAAAGAUAAUCCAAGGGAUAAAAAGGCGCCACAAACAUUCACUAAAUUAAUAAAUUCUUCUGUGAGAACUAGGUUGACAUUGAUUAACAAUUUUGAUACCAUUCAAACAAAAUCAAAAGAUAAACAAUUUGUUCAAUUUUUCAAGGGCAUUAUUGAUUUAGUUUUAACAAUAUCUCCUAAAGAAAGCAAUCAAAUAGAAUUACAAAUUCAAUUGCAAGAAAAGUUUUUAGGAUUCAUACCUCAAUUUGUUGAUAAGCUUGAUUUCCCAUAUAUAAAGAAUACUUUAGUUCCAUUAUUGAGUCAAGUGUUCAAAACAACCACUAUUUUGUCAACCAAACUAACUACUAUUGAUACAUUUGAAGGAUUAGUCGAUAAGAAAAUCAUUGAUAAAAUCAUUGUUAACGAACAAUUAUUCCCCAUUAUGAAAAAUUUGAAAAGUAGAGAUAAAAGAAUUGUCACCAAGAUGUUAAAUUUUUUCUCCAAAUUGGCUACAAGUGAACAUAUCAAUUUAGAUUUAGAAACAAUAGUGGAGUCAAUAAUCCCUCAAAGUUAUUCCCUUGCAUUUGGAUGCAAUGAUUGUAAUCAAUUGGAAUUCAAUAAAUUUAUUGCAAUUAUAAAUUCUGUGCAAAAGCAAUUAGUUGAGAAAAAAUUGUCUACUAUAACGAAAACUUCAUCCAAUGGAUUUUCUAAUGGACACAAAGGUGGUACAAAUGAAGCUGGUAAUAAUAAUUUUGAAGCAUUGUUGCAAACACAAACGAUACACGACGUCCCCGAUGAGAUGAACGCUCCAAAGGGAAAAGUAAUGCAACCAAAGAGAAAGUCAUUCACGUCCACCACGACCACCACCACUAGUAGUACCACCACAAAAUCAAAUUCUGCAUCUUCAAGAAAUACGACGGAGCUUCGUAAUUCAAAUACUUUAAGACCAAGACCAAGACCAACUAAAAAACCCACUAGUGGAUUAGCAUUUGGCGCUACGAAUGCUCAAUCAAAUACUACCAACAAUAGACUAUUAAACACAUUGAAUUCUACAUUUGAUAAAAAGCAAGAAGAAGAUGAUUUUGAUGAUUUCCAACUGGCAUCAGGUACAUCUGCAUCAGAGUUAUCAUCAAGCAAUAAAAAUGGUACUCUAAACUGGCAAGGUGAAGUGAAUAAAAUGAAAACAUUACCAAAUACUCCAACAACUGCUGAAUCGUUCAAGGUUCUGAAGUCACAACCACAAGUAGAAACGAAAAACGUUAAUUAUCCACCAGGAUUUAACACAAACAUGGUGUUAUCUCCGAAAUCAUCAUCAUCAGUCAAUGCCAAUGUCAAAUCAUCAAUAUCAACAACAUCCAAUAGUAAUAUCAACAAUUCUGAUUUACUAGAUUUACUAUAA